UUCCGGGGGCUCCCGCUUCUCCGAGCGCAGAGUCGGGCUGGACGGGCGCGCGCGCGCGCUGUGCAGACUGGGCGCGCGCCGGACGCGGGCAGCUCGAGGGGUCUGGCGGGGCGGCUGGGGCAGCUGGACCAGAGGGCUGACGAGCCGGCGCCGAGAUGGCCGAAGGCAGCGCUGUGUCUGACCCACAGCAUGCCGCGCGUCUGCUGCGAGCGCUCAGCUCUUUCCGCGAGGAGUCCCGCUUUUGCGACGCGCACCUGGUCCUCGACGGGGAGGAGAUCCCGGUGCAGAAGAACAUCCUGGCGGCGGCCAGCCCCUACAUCAGCCGUGGGCAGAAGGAAAAGCUCGUGGGAUCUUCUCCCUGGGAUCAGCGAUCCGACCCCAAGGCCGAAGUUCCUGUCCGACGUGUCUUUUUUCACUCCCGGUGGGAGCUCCAUUUAAAAGCAAGGCUGCGCCUUAUAGACACGUUAAAGACAAAGUUAAACUAUAAUCCUCCAAAAGAUGAUGGAUCAACCUAUAAGAUUGAACUUGAAGGGAUAUCGGUAAUGGUUAUGAGAGAGAUCCUGGAUUACAUCUUCAGUGGGCAGAUCCGGCUGAACGAAGAUACAAUCCAAGAUGUUGUACAGGCAGCGGACCUGCUCCUGCUGACAGAUCUUAAAACUCUGUGCUGUGAGUUUUUGGAAGGCUGCAUCGCAGCCGAGAACUGCAUUGGCAUCCGCGACUUUGCCCUCCAUUACUGCCUGCACCAUGUCCAUUACCUAGCCACGGAGUACCUGGAGACUCAUUUCCGAGACGUCAGCAGCACAGAAGAAUUCUUAGAACUUAGUCCUCAGAAGCUUAAAGAAGUGAUUUCUCUCGAGAAGUUAAAUGUCGGCAAUGAAAGAUAUGUGUUUGAAGCAGUGAUUCGCUGGAUAGCACAUGAUACAGAACUAAGAAAGGUCCACAUGAAGGACGUGAUGUCAGCUCUGUGGGUUUCAGGGUUAGACUCCAGCUACUUACGGGAACAGAUGCUCAAUGAACCAUUAGUACGAGAAAUUGUCAGAGAGUGCAACAACAUACCGCUGAGCCAGCCGCAGCAAGGGGAGGCCAUGCUCGCAAACUUCAAGCCCCGGGGCUACUCGGAGUGCAUUGUGACUGUUGGCGGAGAAGAAAGAGUUUCACGGAAACCAACAGCAGCGAUGCGAUGUAUGUGCCCUCUUUAUGACCCUAAUAGGCAGCUUUGGAUUGAACUGGCCCCUUUAAGCAUGCCAAGAAUUAACCACGGAGUUCUCUCAGCAGAGGGAUUCUUGUUUGUGUUUGGGGGCCAAGAUGAAAAUAAGCAGACCCUGAGCUCAGGAGAAAAAUACGACCCAGAUGCAAACACAUGGACGGCAUUGCCACCAAUGAAUGAGCCACGACAUAAUUUUGGAAUUGUGGAGAUAGAUGGAAUGCUGUACAUUUUAGGAGGAGAGGAUGGUGAAAAAGAGCUAAUUUCCAUGGAGUGUUAUGAUAUUUAUUCUAAAACCUGGACGAAGCAACCUGAUUUGACCAUGGUUAGAAAGAUCGGCUGCUAUGCAGCCAUGAAAAAGAAAAUCUAUGCCAUGGGGGGAGGAUCAUAUGGGAAACUCUUUGAAUCUGUGGAGUGUUACGACCCAAGGACUCAGCAGUGGACCGCUAUCUGUCCGCUGAAGGAGAGAAGAUUUGGAGCUGUGGCCUGUGGCGUGGCCAUGGAGCUGUACGUGUUUGGGGGAGUCCGGAGUCGUGAGGACAUCCAGGGGAGUGAGAUGGUCACUUGCAAGUCUGAAUUCUACCAUGACGAGUUUAAAAGGUGGAUCUAUCUUAACGACCAGAACUUAUGCAUCCCUGCCAGUUCCUCUUUUGUUUAUGGAGCUGUACCCAUAGGAGCCAGUAUUUACGUUAUCGGAGAUCUUGAUACAGGUACCAAUUACGACUACGUGCGUGAGUUUAAAAGAAGCACAGGAACCUGGCACCACACGAAACCGCUUCUUCCGUCUGACCUUCGCCGCACCGGCUGUGCAGCCUUACGCAUUGCAAACUGCAAGCUCUUCCGCCUGCAGCUCCAGCAGGGCUUAUUCCGUAUCCGUGUUCAUUCACCUUGAGGAGGAGGCAGAGCAGAAGCAGAGCUCCUGACCAAGCGCACCAUAACACGGCUUUCUGCGAGGGGAACAGAGGUGGCAGCCGAAACUUGCUGUGUGCCCGGCUUUGUAUGGUAACUCUGGUGGUCUUACUGUAAUGCUUAGAAGCCUGAGCUUCCGCUCUCGUUUGGGAGAACCCGUACCUGUUGAAAGGGAGGAAUCCGUUCCUCCAGGGAGAUGUGUCUGCAGACAGACGGAGGCUAGUCCAUGUCAAAGGGGGAAGGGAAGUGGGAAUCGGUAUCAUGUAAAAUAUUGAAGUUAAAAUCCUAAGGUGCAUCUUCCUUGAAGGGAACGCAUGUCUGAGUGACUGCUGUGUUCAAGUACCUGACUUCGGUCAACAAACAAAAAUCCGUAUAUGCAAAUCCACAUAUCCAGACAUACCAAGAUUGCUUUUCUGCUGUACUUGGAAGGAAAUAUCAUGCCCAACCCUGUCCGACAAAUAAGGUUUGUGCCUAAAAUGUUAGAUUGGACUGUAUGCCAGUUAGUGUCCACUUGCUACUAGUACUGUGUCCGAAGAAUCUUUUUUAAACUGUAUUAUCAUGAAUUGAAACUAAGAUAAAAUUUCUCUUUUAUGACAUUCUAUCUUAGUCAUCUAAAGGUUCAAUAAAUCCAUGAGUCAGGUUGCAGCCCUCGUGUGAAUUGAAGGGAAGUUGCUAACUUCUGUGUUAAUUCAUAUACAUCAUGCCAUGAUUUCUGGGGUUGUGAAGGCUCUCAUACAGUGCCAUUCCUCCUUGCAAAUAAUCAGAACCAUUUUAUAAACACGAGGUUAUGAAGCGGAGUAGAUUUUCUAGAAGAAAGACCUACGUCAGACAAAUCAUAAAGGUCUGCCAUGGCUACAAAAACUGUCCAGACAAAAUAUUAUAUAGGGAUCAAAAAUACCCUUCUGUCCGAAAGCACACAAAGUCUUGUUUACUACUGUUAAGGAUUGAAAACUUGUCUUAGAAUGUGCACCUGCAUUAAGUAUCUAGUCUUUGUAGCAGAAUUUUCUCAAUGCCGUUCUCUAGCAAGAGUUUUAGACAAAUUAAGUUAUAAGUAAAGUUUGGCUGGUAGAAUAAACUACCUCAACUUAAUUUCAUUCUGUUCAUAGAAGAGCAAAUUCAUCUCUUCUCCACCCUCCGCCCCUCUCCCACACUCCCAUGUCACCCCAUGCUACCCCACUUCCUGUUGGGGGUAAAAGUCUGUCAUUAGUAGCACUUAUCGUGUAAGAUACUUUGUUUUCCAUUCAAAUUAUGCCACCUUAGUGUGCAAUCAGGGACUUCACAGUGCUUGAUGAUGUCAUAAUUUGAAUUUUAUGCAAUAUCAGAUUUCUAAUCAAUUUAAUACAGAGCUCUUCAUUUCUAAUUGUUUUCUACAGCUUUUUUUUUCCCCCUCUUGGUAAAUGGCUGUAAGAAGCAGUAUUUUGUCUUAAUGAUUAAUAAAUGUAUAAAUGUAUCCUUUGGUUAUAAAUUUGAGAAUAGGAGUUUCUUGUGGAAACUUCCUAGAUGGAAUGCUUUAUGCUAUUAACAACAUGCAUAUGAAACAUCACUUACGUUUCCCCACCCAUGAACAGAAGAAAGGAUAACCCCCAUCUGCAGUUUUUAUUCCUACACCUAUUAGGAGUCAGUGCAAUGCUAUAAAAGCUGCUGGGAGAAGCCUUGCCUGUGGGGGUUCUAAAGAACAUUGUGUGUGGCAGAAGUUCCUGGUAAAAGAAGGCAGGCGGUGUUUAUCUUCUGUAUCAGAGGCACUGGGCCAGAUUUGCCAGACAUUCAUAUAUAAAGCAAAGCUGACCUUUUUUCCUGUGUAUUGUGUACCAGUCAGCUGUAGUCUGCAGACCUUCCCAGUGAUUCCUGGGAUAUCUUUUUAUCAAAGCAAGCCACGUGGCCACCGCAAAGAAAGCAAACUUCUUUUUCCAAUUAGAUAAUACAUUUUUUAGGGGAAACAAAUUGCUGAAAAAGUGAAUUUUCUUUGGUAUCAUACCCUGUACCGAACAGAACCUUGGCCUUCAGAAGUUGCAGCUGAGGUGCAUUAAAGCAGUGACUGAUGUCCGAUGAAAGCCAUGACAGUCAGCAACUCUCUCUCUUUCAUUUCUGAAGUUUAAAAUUCUUCCCAGUCUACGCCAGGCCUCUCCAAGGAGACAAUUCAUUGUUUAGGAGUGAAUGGGUCCCUAUUGCAAUAUUUUCAGUGCCUGCAUGACUUGGUAAAUUCAUUUUAUAAAAACAGUUAUUCUUUUUUAGUUUUUUAUUCAGUUCAUUGACACGGUAGCUGCAGAAAUUAGGUAAUAUUUUUUAAAAUAAAUUUGCCACAUAAUAUGGGAUGCUAUAACCAACAGGAUUAAGCUAAGUGCCAAGCUGUUAUUUUCAUAUAUAUAGUAUAUAUAUUAAAAUAUGAUGUCGAAGUGUAGGAAUAUAUUUAAUUUUAUUAUGUUCCAAAAUUAAUUUUUUUUGUAAAUGACACUUCAGUAUUGUGAAGUAAAUUUUAACUCAUUUCAUGCAGGUUUGUUUUAACAUUCCGCUUAUGCUUGAAACAUUUUUUUUGAUAAAUUUUUAAUACUUCUUUUUCAUAAGGCACUUUUACCAGGCGUAGGUUGGAAUUGGCAGUUGAGGGUAGAUCUUAAAAUUUUAAAUAAAAUACCUUUGGGGGACGUGCAAUGUAUUUUCAUUAUCCCACCAACAGAAGGAAAGUUGUCUCAGGUUAGUCAGUGAAUAUUUAAAGGAUCUCUCCUAGGCUACAGUCUAAAGUAGGCCUGUUUGUUUGUUUAAUACAUCCAAAUAUAGAGUUUUCGAAGAGGUAAGUGUUUAAUUUAAAAUGAAGUGUUUUUUGUGAGUGUGGGAGGGUGCUUGUAUCCUGCCGGAGGGAAGAGUGUGAGAGAGGGAGAGAAUGUGUGUGUGUUACGUGACUUGAUGAGUGUGUUUAUAUAUGUUUACUUUUUCAAUUGUAGUUCGAGACUACAUAUAUUAUUACUGUUUCCUGGUGCUUCCGAUAAAUUCUUGAGCCUGUGGCCCUUCAGUUUAUACUAUUGUGUUAAACUCAUGUUGGGUGUAAAUAUUCACAGAGUUGUAGUUGGUAGUAAGUUUUACUUGGUGUUUGCAUUUCUUUAGUGGGAUUAAGAACAGUGUCUGCCAACUAGUGUAGCCGGUAGACUAUAAAGAUUUGGCCUAAGAAAUUUUUAAAUUCAUUGUUUAUUUCAUCAGUUCUUUAUUUUCAUUGCUGUGAGGAAUCGAUAGCUAACAGUAGGCCUUCCUCAAACUGCGACAACCAAAAACAAGUCUUUGGACGAUGAUGGUUGGUAUCCUCUCUGUGCUGAAGUGUCUGGUUAUGUCGCCACUUCAACGAUGCUUUGACGGUGCCCAUUUACAGGACGCACAUCCGUACAUUGACCUGGUAGCGAUAGGGCUGUGUUUGCCCUGACGCCUCAUUCCUCAUGGUAGUAAGUUAGGUUUUCAGAGAAAUUCUUUAGCUGCCUUGGUCCAUUGGGGUUCCAUCUGGUGCAUUCCUACUUCAUUGUACCAAACCAAAAAGAUUUCCAAGGAGUGCUAAAAAUACUGCAGGAUUACCUUCUUGCUGGCCUGCUUGAUUCCAGAGGGGCCUCUUGUGGUCAGAUGAGGACAAUCGAUUAUCUGGGGAAAGAAUGAGGUGGCGCUUGGCAUGGAUUUAAAAGGCACUGGAACCCCCUUAAAAAGCACCUGGUUUGGGGCGGGGGGAAGGUAAGACUGCCUUGUUCUGUGGCUGCCCCUCAUGUCCGUGAGCCUUUGUGGAGCCAGGGAGAGAGGAGACUCUGAUUAGUGCAGAAAAGCUGCCCAGGGCUUAAUCAGCAAAUGUUUCUAGAGCACCCACCAAGAAUUCUGUUCGGAUUUCUGGGGAGCUUUCAUGCUGCCCUCCCUCUAGAUCAUAAACUUCUUGUGGGCAGGCAGCGACCCUGUCUUUGCCCAUCUGCCUAUCCCAGUGCUUGGCACACAGCAGGUAGUCAGUAAGUGGUUGGCCACGGCAUACAGUACCCUUGUAAUCAAAGCGAUGUUCGUCACAGGAUGGAGAAGUCCUCUCCAUGAGCAACUUAUUUUGCUGGAUUUUAAAUGAGAAACUUUAUGCACAGAUGGGCUGGCCUCAUAGAGUGAGAAACUAGUACAGAAUAAAAAAUGCAAAGUGCCUGACAUAUGGACACAGACCUCUGUGGUGUCCGUAUGUUCUAUAGGAUUUGGGGCACCCGAUCCUCAGCACACCUAAUGCCGUUUAUCACAUUUAUUGUUGGGCUUUAUUUAUUGUUUUUUAUGUGUGGCUCCUAGCCUUUUCCAGAACAUACUGCUUUGAUCCUCACGUCUCUGUGAUGGGUGCAGUGCAUGCCCCCCUCCCGGCCCUUGGACAGAAAGCAGUCUCUGAGGCGCAGUAGAUGGGGCCUCGUUCCCCACCCCACAUGUGAGUAGAAACCAGAAGCAGAAUCCAGAUCUUUGUAUUAUCAUUUCACUGUUCAGCCUUUGAGACUCCCACUUAAUUUUCUAGGCACACAAGUAUUUUUAGUCAUAAAAUAAUCAUUUGUGGUACAACUUAAGCCCCCACACAUGUCCUUCACAAGUUACACAGAUGUAAGCUGAAAGAUCUUUGGUUCCCUUUGUCAGUUAGCUAGAGGAAAUUUAAGGAUUUAUUAAGGUCGUAAGAACAGAAGUACUGUUUGUGUUUGACAGAAAAGCACUUUUUCCUUUUAAAGACCUGAAGCGUCAUUUUUACUGUUUUUCUUACCCCGUCUAAUCAGUAAGGGAGAAGAAAUUGUGUCUUAGAAUGAUGGAGAAAGUCUUCUGCUAGUUUCUAAUAACCCCUGAAGUACUCUUUCUAGCCGGUUCAGAAUAUAGAAAUGUAUCAAGGUGAGGGAUGGCCCACUUGCCCAUGCGGGAGAAGCACAUGGGAUCAGGUUGAGGUUUCGCUGCCUGCUGGGGGUAAAGUCCGUAGUAUGGAAACAGAGACUUCUGCUAUUUUUUUGGCAAGCCAACUGGUAAAACUUGUAAAAUUUUUGUAUUUUUCAGAAGGGAUUCUAUUUUUAAUGUUAAAUAUAUCUCAGCUUUGUCUCAUGGCAGUCCUUGUGUUUACAUGACAUCUGAGGAGCUCACUUAAUGCCUCUGUGUUCUUUGGUCUAAGUGCUCACGGUUGGGGAAGGUUUGUUCGCUUUCUGUUCUGUCACUGAUGUUCUCUAAGUGAUUGGGUCUUUAAACUUCUCCCCUUCCUCAUCACAUAUCUGACAAAUAUAAACAGCCUUCCAUAAUUACCUAGGGGGAAGUACCUGUCGCCUUUUCUUUUCUUUUUUUUCUUUUUUCUUUUUUUUUUUUUGAGAUAAAAACUAAUACUUUAAAAUUGCUGCUCAGCCGGAAUGUAGGCUGAUUCUAGUUUUUGGUAUUGAUGUCCUCGUGGCCCAACAAAGCUGCUGUCAAUUCUUCAGUCACUGUGAUGCGCGUUAGAGAAGUUACAAGCCGGAGGAGGAAGGCAGCCCACACAGCCUGGGUACUUUCAGAUCAGGCCAUUCAUGUGACCCGUAUUAAUACGUGGCCACUUCCGAUAAUUCGGACCCCAAGCAGAUGCAGGUUCAACUUUCUUUCUGGUCGGCAAAUUAUAUUUAUUAGACCUUUAUUUUUAGCAUUUCCAUAAAAAUCAUAGGUUUUAAAAUACCUUAUUUUUAUGGAUCCUACUCAUCAAUUACAAAUAAGGCAUACAUUAGAACCUUGGGUUACAUUUUUUCCAGUUAAACCUGUGAACUUGGAAUAAAUAUGACUAUACGUAGCUCUCUUUAUCAUGUUUCCUGUUUAAUUGGAUGAGAAUUACAUGCACUUAUUCCCUUGUUCUUUGUGUUUAUAGGAAAAACUCUGUUCUCGGCUACCUCAUUAUGUAGUGUUGUGCUUGAUCCCCUGCCAAUUUAGGAGAAUUCAACACAUUCUGUCCUUUAACAAAAGCCUGGAAGCAAGCAGCAGGCAGCCUUGAGGAAUACAAUUCUCUUAAGGCAUAUUUUCCAUUUUACUACUUUUUUCUCUUGAAUAGGCACUUUUAAUCAGGAGGAACAAUCAUUCUCCUAGAGCUGCUGCAAAGUGAUUACUUGAAACUCAACUUGAACUUUAAAGAGUCUUUAAAAGACCGUGUUUUCAUAGCGUAGAAAAGUAGUAUAUUUAAACAGCACUGCUGUGUAAAACAGAGGGCUUACUCCCCAUCCUGUUAGGAUCAGACAGGAGAAGGUGUCUAUGUGGACUCUCACCCGGCGUGUGCAGUUUAGAUGCUUGGGGCUACUGUGUUUUGUUGUCUACAAGGUGUUACUGUGAGCAGUUUAGGGAGCUAAUAAGUGUGUUUUCGUGAAUUUGUUUCCCAAGAAUCUUUACUUUUGAUGAAAAUAGAGGUUCAUUAGUAGAUUCCUCUUCUCUUUUGGUUCUGACAGUCUAGGGUUUUAAAAUGAAAUCUGAAAGUAUUUCCUAAGUACAGGGUUCAGGUUGACCAAGCAACAUAGAUGUGCAUCAUACUUAAAAUCAUGAGUGAUUGGAUUUGUUCUGAGCAUCAGCGGAACGUGCCUUCUCCACGUGGCUCCGUCCUCGCCAGCAUCUGUCAGCUUCCCUGGUCACUAAGGUAGGGGGAGCCGUGAGGCCCACCGAUUCCUGCAGUCAGAGUGGUUUCUCACGGGAAUUACCCAGCAUCCCCAGUGCCCAAAAGAGUUAUGCCCAUUCUCAAAAACCUAGCGUACUGGGAAUAAUCUACGGACCAGGUAAAACCUAGCAACGGAACUGUCACUGUGCUCUGACGUGAUCUAGUUUUCCAACCUGUACUUUUUAGAGUGAGAGGCAGAGUUUCUGCCCACAUGACAGUACCACGUGGGGCUGGCAGCAGGCAUGAGACAUUUCCCUAAGUGGUUUCCAAGAGAACCGAGACGUACUGCCCUAGAGCCCCAACCUUGCUGUUUAUUUUGAGGAAAGCAUGUGUAAACACUUUGUGUACUUUCCCAAGCAAACCUGGUUGCUACGAGCAUGCGCAGGCCGUGGUGCCAGGUGCAGGUGGCUUCAGAGACUGGCACCGCAGACUGUGACCUUUGGGAGCCCUGAAGCCCCGAAGCCCAGUUCCUUACCUGCAGACGCAGGCUAGACAGGGGUGUUUACCUCUUUGGGCUGCUGUGAAGAUCAGGGGUGUAAUGAAGGUGAGAACCCAGCACCCCUGUGCUUGAGCCAUCACCGCGGCCACAGUGUUCGCUCAGCUCAGCUUCGGGUCACUGAUUGUGAGCCCCGGGGGUGGGGGGACGGCAGUGUCCUCACUGCGUGUCCUGGCCUUCGUGCUUCCCCAUUGGAAUGUCUGCUGCCAGGGUCUGUAAGGAAAUGGAUGUUUGUGUUGAUAAAAUGAUUUGCCCUAAUAUUUGAAUUCAGGAUGAUUCUGUAGAGCUGAACCAUCCCCUAAUACCUGCUUGGAGUGUUUAGAGUUGUUUUAAAUAACCCUGAAUUCAGAAUUUGCAUAACGAAGCCCUCUAAUGAUACUUAAAACUCUUUACCAAAGUUGAAUCUUUUUCCCCUAAGAUGUCACAAGUAGCAACCUAUACUGGUCUAAUAAACGAAGAUAUUUUAGAUCUCUGAGAUCGGUAUACCUGUUCUCUCUUAACUUGGAUGCUUUGUGAAACUUAAGCAAACAAACAAACAAAAUUUGUGUUACAAGUAUGUGUGUAUGUGUACAACUUUUGCACCUUCAAAUAAACUAGGGUUAUUUAAGAAAAUGUUACCUAAAGUGAGCUUCUGAACCCUUCCAUACUGUCACUUCCUCUCCAGUUCCCGCCCUGGGACCAGCAGAUGGGGCGGCAUGAAAGGCAUUCUGUAAAGUCAUGCUCUCUAUCUCUGUGAAUAAGAAAAGAAAGGAGAAACGGGGUUGACAGGGCUGAGAAGUGGACGAACAGCCGUGCCAGACAGCGCUGCCCAGGACGGCUGCAGGUGCCGUGGUGUGGCCAUUUGUAAGGCUUUUCUUAGUGGCAUGUAUAAAAAUCUAGAAGGCCGAGAAAAGUGCUGGGAGGGAUUAAGUGAUGGUUGUGAGGGUCCACAGCACUGUGACAAUCUGAUAAACGGCUAAAUAGAGAGUCUUGUAUCCAGGUUCAGAAAAGAUAGUUCCUAAAUGAAAAAGAAAGAAAGAGGGGUGGGGCGGGGAAUCACUGAUAAUUUGAACAUAAGCCAACUGUUGAAAAACAAGAAUACGGGCACCUGGCUGGCUCAGUUGGCAGAGCAUGUGGCUCUUGACGUCAGGGUCGUGAGGUCAAGCCCCAUGUUGGGCAUAGAACAUACUUCUAAAAAUAAAAGAAAGAAAAAAAAAGAAUAGUGUUUGGGUGUGGGACUGGUAGCCAGAAAAGGAAGUCUCUUCUGCCACUUCGUCCUCCGACUGCACCGAUGGGCCCCAGACCCACAGCAUUUAGCUGCCAGUUCCAGUGCCACCAUUGGAGAGUCCUGAGGCUCUGGCCUGUGGGGAUGUCUUUAGAACCAGCAGGUGUGUGUGGCUCAGGCCAACAGCAGACAUUGAGACAGAGUGGCCUCAGAGUAAGAUGGGGACUCUCUGUGGCCCUGAGCGCUUCUCUGAACAUGUUCCAUAGGAGAGUACUUGCCGCAUGACCGCAUCAGUGAGAGAGUUCUUGCUUUGUGGCAGGAUACUGGUCACCAUCUCCAAAGCUCCUUGCAGAUGAACAGUUUAGUUAAAAAAAGAGGGGGGGGGGGGAGUUUGUACUUCUACACCGAUUUUGAGGAGAACAGUCUUUGUUCCUUUCAACCUGUGCUCCCUCCUCCUUUCCUCCCUGCCCACCUCCUGUCCAUGGCCUCCUGACUGUGGCCUCCGGCUAACAGCCACGGCCUUCUUCAGCAGAACUUUCAGAAAUAGGCACAGUUCUAGAGAUUUCCCUAAAACUAUAUUGUCAACUAGAACAGCGAUUCUUGCUUUUUAUCUACUUUUUGCUUGAAAUCUGUUGGUACCUCUGCAGAUGUAAGAAAGCUGAUAAGUAAAAAUUGCAUUCUUUCAAGCAGGACCUAGAUGACUGAGGCCAGGGAUGCUCUCGAGAGGGCUUGUGUGCUAGGCGGAUUGGGCUAGCCGAUUUCCUCGGGCCCCUUCUAGCUCGAUGGAGUCUUGCCCUUUGAGAAGAGUUUCCAAGGGAUCUGAUUCCUCUUAUGGUUUUGCUUUCCCUCUUCUAUGGAGGCACAAGGCAGUCUUAGUCCUGGAGGGGAGGGAGGCCACCCCUGACUUCUCGUGUCUCUUCUGGCCCCACUGGCCUUGGCAAAGAUCUGCCCCAAAACAGAGGAACCAAGCAUCAGCCGGGGCAUGCACCCAAGUCCUCGGGAAGGAGUGGUCUGUGCUCUCCCAUUUCUUGGGUGCAUUUUUCUCCCGAUUUCUCGAGUCGUCUUGGCUUACAAUAAGCUCUGUUUGAACCAGUGUUGGCUUUCCUCCUCAUGUCCCGCCGCGGCUGCCCAAAGACCCCGCCGGUGGAGUCUCCAGGAAGUGGGCUCCCCCUCAGUUGGCACGUCCCUCUGCACCAGUUGAGGGACUUCAGUCAGGGUAGAAGAGGUUAUUUCAGUCUCGUUUCCAAGGGUCCUCUUACUUACACCCUCUGCUUGGCCUUCCCGCCCUACCCUCUGCUCCUCAUCCCACACCUGUCCCAGCCGGGCUUUUAACGGCUUAUAAAGUACGUAUCCCAAAAAGGGGAAAAAAAGAAAAAAAACAAAAAACCUCUUCUUGUCCCCCAGACCAUUAGCCUAAAAUUAUUUAUUGAAAAGGCAUUCUUCUGGGAGCCCCUGAGCCAGCCUUUGUGACUCGCACUUUGCACAGCCAGCUGGCCCUGGCUGAAGAGAGCCAGACCUGUGCCCCGGGGCCCCGGGAGCCUCCAGAGUCCACGCCGCCCUGCUCCUCCUGAGGCAUGGCCCGCUGCAGAGCGGAGCUCCUGGGGCCCGGCACGGCCGCCUCCCCCACAGGCCCCCUGAGCCACGCAUACUACCUCAGCACCCAGCCGCAGGCACUGCAUGGGCCCCGCAUGGCCUGGCGAGGCCUGCUGGGGGGGCGGGGGGCUUGCCUGCACCCCGCCGCCCGCACACCCGCCGCACGGCUCGUCCCCAGGCUCAUUAGAGUGCAGCAAGACCGCGGGCUCCUUUUCUCUUCGUUAGCUCGGACUUAAAAACACGCCGCUCAAAUUGUGAGUAGAAUCGGAAAUUAGACUUGCUCAUUUACACAAUCAGAGAGAGACCAUCUUUUCAUACUUUUGUUCAAAAGGGAUUUUUUUGCUUCAGAAGAAACUCCAGAAAAGACGUGUAUUACUAUUAAUCUAGCAUGUGCUUCCUGAGUUUGACUCUUAAUGCUUUGUAAAAAAUUAUGCAGGAUCUGGUACAUGGGGCAAAAGGGAGUCAUGAGCUUAAAAGCAAACCAAUUUACGUGGGUUCACAACAUCUUUUUCCCUCUGUGGGACCUCAGAAUUCAGGUUCUCCAUAAAAACAGCCAAAUUCUGGGCGCCUGGGUGGCUCAGUUGGUUAAGCGACUGCCUUCGGCUCAGGUCAUGAUCCUGGAGUCCCAGGAUGGAGUCCCGCAUCGGGCUCCCCGCUCAGCAGGGGUUCUGCUUCUCCCUCUGACCCUCUUCCCUCUCGUGCUGUCUCUCAUUCUCUCUCUCAAAUAAAUAAAUAAAUAAAAUCUAAAAAAAAAAAAAA